AUGGCUUCACCGAGAUCCGUGGUCGUCGUCCUGGCGGUAUUAAUGGUAUUCGAUCCAUCUGACGUCAUCACCGGCCUGAGACCCGUUUCAGCUUAUCGUGAAGUGUGCCAGGUUAACCGCCAUCUGGUGAAGCCACCGACCUACGAAAUAUUGGAUAUCGCCAGAUCAGGUACCGUCGUCUUCGCAGCGAGCUACUGGCCUCGCGACGCAGUGGUGAAGCCAGGAGGCAUCUCCGGCCUGGCCGCCGAUUUCCUCCGGAACAGCUUCACGUACGACCUGCCGAACAACGGCCUCGUUCGACUGGUAACCAACGGCACCGUGCGACUGCCACCGUAUCCAUCGCAGUUGACCGAAACCUACCUCACCAUAGACAUUUUGUGCAACGGCAAUAUGCAUGCACUGGCCAUUCUAAAAGUCACGUCUACCAACAGGCAUGCGCCGAGGUUCCUCGGUCUGCCGUAUACUCUGAUCAUCCCUGAGGAUACUGCAGUUAACUCUAUGAUACGGACCCCGGUGAUCUGUGUGGAUUGGGAUCCAGCACCAGCUUACGGUGUGACAUUCGAUCUACAGGUCAGAUCUGACCACACGUUUCGUCUGGAGGUGCCUUGGGACGAACACUAUACACCGAGUCAACUGCGGACUUGGACAGGUAUACGGGCUGAGGAGUGGAAGAACUCAUCUCUGCCGAAAGUGGUGUACUUGAGGCUGCUGAAGGAACUUGACUUUGAGUACAGCAGGAGGAGUUAUACUUUGUACAUUACGGCGAAGGACAGUAUUUUCAAUCCGUUCAACGUCAAAUCGACAACCACUGAUUUGCUGGUCAAAGUUGCCGACGUCGACGACACGCCCCCCGCAUUCAGUUCCAUGACAUACAAAGCAGAUAUUUCUCAGGUACAGAAAUAUAAUCAGAUCAAUCUCAUUAUUAUGGCAUGAUU